CCCGCGUUAGUUGGGCGGGAGGCGGCCGAGUCUCUCCGUCCAGCCCGACGGAGGGAGGAUGCGUGAGCCUUUCUGCUGGGAUCACCAGGCGGCGCCACACGGCCAGGUAAUUAAAGCAGCUAAAUGGAGUCUGAGCAGUUGUUCCAUAGAGGUUACUACCGAAAUAGCUACAACAGCAUAACUAGUGCAAGCAGUGAUGAAGAACUUCUAGAUGGAGCCGGUGUCAUCAUGGACUUCCAGACCUCUGAAGAUGACAAUUUGUUAGAUGGUGAUGCAUGUAUUGCAGGAACUCAUUAUACAAUGACAAAUGGAGGAAGCAUUAACAGUACUACACAUUUACUGGACCUCUUGGAUGAGCCCAUUCCUGGGGUUGGAACAUACGAUGACUUCCACACCAUUGAUUGGGUGCGAGAGAAGUGCAAGGACAGAGAAAGACACAGACGGAUCAAUAGCAAGAAGAAAGAAUCGGCCUGGGAGAUGACAAAGAGUUUGUAUGAUGCAUGGUCAGGAUGGCUGGUUGUAACACUAACUGGAUUAGCAUCAGGUGCAUUGGCUGGGUUGAUAGAUAUUGCUGCAGACUGGAUGACUGAUUUAAAGGAAGGCAUUUGUCUUAGUGCCCUGUGGUUCAACCAUGAACAGUGUUGCUGGGCCUCAAAUGAAACAACAUUUGAAGAGCGAGACAAAUGUCCUCUAUGGAAAACGUGGGCAGAACUAAUAAUUGGUCAAGCAGAGGGCCCAGGCUCUUACAUCAUGAACUACAUCAUGUAUAUUUUCUGGGCCUUGAGCUUUGCUUUCCUAGCCGUUUCUUUGGUGAAGGUGUUUGCACCUUAUGCAUGUGGCUCUGGGAUUCCAGAGAUCAAAACUAUAUUGAGUGGCUUCAUCAUUAGAGGAUACCUGGGCAAGUGGACCUUGAUGAUAAAAACAGUCACUUUAGUCUUGGCUGUAGCCUCAGGUUUGAGUUUAGGAAAAGAGGGUCCUCUAGUACAUGUUGCCUGUUGCUGUGGAAAUAUAUUUUCCUACCUCUUUCCGAAGUAUAGCACAAAUGAAGCAAAAAAAAGGGAGGUAUUAUCAGCUGCUUCAGCAGCUGGCGUAUCAGUAGCCUUUGGUGCCCCCAUUGGUGGAGUCCUUUUCAGCCUAGAAGAAGUCAGUUAUUAUUUUCCACUGAAAACUUUGUGGAGAUCUUUUUUUGCUGCUUUGGUGGCUGCAUUUGUGUUGAGAUCAAUCAAUCCUUUUGGUAACAGUCGCCUAGUUCUUUUCUAUGUUGAAUACCAUACUCCAUGGUACCUGUUUGAACUGUUGCCAUUCAUUCUUCUGGGGGUGUUUGGUGGGCUGUGGGGAGCAUUUUUCAUCCGUGCAAACAUCGCUUGGUGCCGCCGACGCAAAUCAACAAAAUUUGGAAAAUACCCAGUUCUGGAGGUCAUUAUUGUAGCAGCAAUAACCGCUGUCAUUGCUUUUCCAAAUCCAUACACCAGAGUCAACACCAGUGAGCUUAUUAAAGAACUCUUCACAGACUGUGGCCCCUUGGAAUCUUCCUCCCUUUGUGAUUACAGAAAUGACAUGAAUGUCAGUAAAAUAGUAGAUGAUAUUCCUGAUCGUCCAGCAGGCACAGGAGUGUAUUCAGCUAUAUGGCAGCUGUGUUUAGCCCUUAUAUUUAAGAUUAUAAUGACAGUCUUCACCUUCGGUAUCAAGGUGCCAUCAGGCUUGUUCAUACCUAGUAUGGCCAUUGGAGCAAUAGCUGGGAGAAUCGUGGGAAUUGCUGUGGAGCAACUUGCAUAUUAUCACCAUGACUGGUUUAUCUUCAAGGAGUGGUGUGAAGUUGGAGCAGACUGUAUAACCCCCUCUAUGCUAUGGUUGGCUGCUGCAUGCUUAGGUGGUGUGACAAGGAUGACUGUAUCUCUAGUGGUUAUUGUAUUUGAGUUGACAGGUGGGCUAGAAUACAUUGUGCCCCUCAUGGCUGCAGUAAUGACAAGCAAGUGGGUAGGAGAUGCUUUUGGCAGGGAAGGUAUCUAUGAAGCACACAUUCGUCUGAAUGGAUAUCCUUUCUUGGAUGCCAAGGAAGAAUUUACCCACACAACAUUGGCAGCUGAUGUCAUGAGACCUCGAAGAAAUGAUGCACCCCUGGCAGUGUUGACACAAGAUAAUAUGACGGUGGAUGAUAUAGAAAAUAUGAUCAAUGAAACCAGCUAUAACGGUUUUCCUGUUAUAAUGUCCAAAGAAUCCCAGAGGCUAGUGGGAUUUGCUCUAAGGAGAGAUUUGACUAUUGCAAUAGAAAGUGCCAGGAAGAAGCAAGAAGGCAUUGUUGGCAGUUCCAGAGUCUGUUUUGCCCAGCAUACCCCAUCACUUCCAGCAGAAAGCCCUCGACCUUUGAAGCUUAGAAGCAUUCUUGAUAUGAGCCCUUUUACUGUGACGGAUCACACACCAAUGGAGAUAGUGGUUGAUAUUUUCCGCAAACUGGGCCUGAGGCAGUGCCUUGUAACACACAAUGGGCGCCUCCUUGGCAUCAUAACAAAAAAAGAUAUCCUCCGUCAUAUGGCCCAGACGGCAAACCAAGACCCCGCAUCAAUAAUGUUCAACUGAAUUCAGUAACAGAGGAGAGAGAGGAAAGUGAAGAGGAGGUUCAUUUGUUGAAUAGCACAACACUUUAGCAUGAGGCAUUGUUUUGCAGUGCAAGAGGAAAGCUGGAUUUUUGGGGAAGCAUGCCGCUGGAAUUCAGGAGUUGAUUUAGGAUAAAGCGCAGAGUUGGAAAAAGGAUGGUCCUCACAGUAACAAAGAGGGGUAGGAGCGAAGUUCUGCAAUCUUGCACUGGAUGCGUUCUAAGUUGCUAGAUCUGCCAUGAUAGUGCAGUAACAAAGUUGUGUCAGAAGAUGGAAGGCUCCAUUCUGUACCCUGCUGCUUUAGCGUUGAAGAAACUGAUUACUAGUCCCUGUUUCUGGAGGGAUCAUUUUGAAUUGAGCCAUCUUUUGAAUACUGGAAGAUUUUGCCCUUUUUACCACAGACAAUUGUUGUGUUAACUCAUUAAGUGCAUAGUUAUUAUAUCACCUCUUUACAUUCCAAAAGAGCUUUUAUUUCUCUCUCCUGAGCCCUAACAGAGCCUCUUUACAAUUGAUGUGCCCUUCUGAAAUGGUAGUUUCUCAUAUUGAGAUGUACUGUGACCUGCUGAGUUUGUUCACAAGAAAGAAGUAUUUCUUGUGCCAUUUAAACUUGAGAUUGUAUAUCAUGAAAUUAUUAUGGCAGUUCUGAUCUACUGCAACAGAAGCAGAUUGAGCAGGUAAAAUAAAUUGUAUGAAGCAUGUUCGAAAUCCUGUAGCUUUUGAGCUGCAGCUUAAACAGCCAAAACCUGUCUCAAAAAGAAUGUUGUUGCAAGAUGAUAACAUGACCUGGGCUUAUGCAAUUUUUUGUAUUAUUAAAAACACUAAGGUAUAUACCAAUGUUGUGCGGUGUAAGGAAAAUACUGCUACUCUAUUAAGAACAAUUCUAUAUAAACGUGUCUGGUAACAACUGCAUGCUCAAACACUGGAGAUUUCCUCCCCUGCCUCAGAAUUAUGACCCAUCACUUUUUGUUCCCUGUUCCUACAAAGAUGUAAUCAUAUUUUGCACUAGAUAUACACUGAUAUUUGAGCAUUAUUUUAUUUAUAUUUUUAUGAAUUAAAAUAUACUAAAUAAAAUUAGUUAACAGUGACACAGUUAAUUUUACCUUUAUAAUGUAUUUUUUAUACAGUAAUUCAGAAACCUCCAUGAGCAAAGAUGGGUUAGGCAAAAGCUUAUCAAUGGGGGAAGUGUUUAAUAUUUCUUUAUAUUGCAGCCUGCCACUUGAUUGAUGGCCAUAAUCUUAAAUUACUGUUUGUUUUUAAACAAAGCAGAAAUAAAAGACCCAAUAUUUGUAAAUAUUGCAGGAUUUAAAAACAAUUAUUUUAAUUAUAAACCUGUUAUCAUUUUGAUUUUGAUUUUCAGUAGCUUUGGAACACAACUGCUGAAGUGAUAACUCAGUUUUUCAAGUAACAAUUGAUUCCUACUGCAACUAUGUUGGAUUUAAAUCCUAUCCACAACAGAUAUAAUUUACUGGAACAUUCUUUGUCUCAAUUAGAAAUUUCUGGGUUGUAUCCACUUGGUGUCCCGUAAUUGAGAAAAAGCUCUUGGAUGCAGCAGAGCCUUGUCUCAGUGGAAGGGGGAUCAAAGCGAUCUUUGAUGACCUGCCCAUUAUCCUGCAGCCCCCUGCACCACUUUCCACAUUGUUCUAAUGAUCUUCUGUCCUCCAGAACCGACUGGAGGGAGGUUGUAGGAGGAAAGGGAAAUCACUGAAGUUUGCCCCAAUCUCUAUUCUGCUGAUGGAAGCACCCGCUGGAUCCAAUAGCCUUCUUUCAGCAGCGGGACACCAAUAAUAUACAAUCCUUUGUAUUUGGAAUGUCUACACUGUAUUCUACACAAAACAUCACUACCACAGUAGCCUAGUUCGCACAACAUCCUCUUACUCCCUGGUCCUUUUUGCUGCUUCAGUGAGCCAAGUCAACGUUUGGCUUAGUGUGUUGGCCUUGGGAGCAGCUCAUGGUCAGUGAGAAGAGAGCUUAACCAUGAGGCCCAUUUGCACAAGAUGCUUAGCCAAACUUUGGCUUAGCUUGCAGCAGCAAAAAGGACUGGGAAAGAGCAAGGCUUCAGGCUGUGAGCUGCUCUGGGAGCACAGUCUAGUUAAGCCAAACUGGUUUAUCAUGUGUGAACCAGGCCAAAGACUUGGAGGUGUUACUUUGGGGGUUUUGACCAU